UAACAGACUGCCCGGCUGCGGUGAGAUGCAGUCUGCCACAACAGUUAUUGCUGAUGGAGUCUGACCAUGGAUGAGGAGGGUGGCCCUGAUGAGGAAAAUGUAAACUCCGUCUUGGCACAAGAAUCCUCAGAGCUCCUUCGGAUCCUUAGCAGUCAGUCACCCACAGUCAUAAUGGAGUUGUGCCAAAUGAUACCUAGUGAUGCACGAUAUAACAUCAACCAGCUGGUCCUCUCCAGCUCUUCAGCAGCAGCAGCAACCAUGUUGGAGUACUUCAAGACUGCCAACGCUGCAGACUGUCGCACCUUCCUUCAGAGCAUGUGUAUGUUGUGUGAGAACAUCCCUAUGCAUCUGGAGUCACAGCUCAUAUCAGUGGCUGGAUAUACAACCAUUGAUGACAUACAGUCUCCAGCCACAGAAGCAGUGUCUCUGAGAAACACAGAUGGUUGUGAAAUUUCCACUUGCAGUGUAACAGAGGGGAAGUCAUCAUUGCCUCAUGCAGAGCAGCACCUGACUAAACGCCCACGGAUUGAUCACUGGGAGCAUUACAUUGCUGCAGUGAUGAAUUUGCUGCUGAGGAGGUGGGAACGACUGAGAGAGCACCUGGUGCAGGAUGUCCAGCUGGAGAAUGUGUGGGUUGGCCUAAAAGCAGCCAACAGAGGCAGGGACAGACCGGAUCAAACCCCUGGGUCAUCAGACAGAGGGGGUAGAACGCCAGAGCCUGAUGGGGAUUAUGGAUCUAUGGAAUCUAGAGUGACAUUGGAGACCUUCCUCCAAGGAUCUGCAGGAAAGGUGACAGUUCUCAUUGGCCAGGCUGGAUCAGGAAAAACUCUGCUCAUGUCUCAUUUAGGAGAGCAGUGGGCACAUGGCCUUGGCUUUGUCCCUUCAUCCUACCUGUUUGUCCUGCUGGAGUUUCGUCAGCUCAACCUACUGUCACACCCUCUCACCCUGUCUGAGUUGCUGUUCCGAGUCUACCUCCCUCCAAAUGGGUGCCACGAUGAAAUGCGAGCCAUUUUGGAUUACCUCAUUUCCAAUCCAGAGCAAAGCUGUUGGGUGCUGGAUGGCUAUGAUGAGUUUCAUAGCAAGGUCACCAGACAAGAGGUGCAGAGAGAACAGUUGAACCCAGAAACACCUCUGCCUGUCGCAGACCUAAUCUCAGGGUUGUUAAACCGUCAGCUUCUUCCGGGAUGCACUGUGGUGGUCACCUGUCGUGUGCGAGACGUCAUCGAUUUGGAAGGCGUAUCAGAUAAAGUGGGGCAGCUGCUGGGGUGGGACCGCCACCAGAUCAAGGAGUAUGUGGACAACUUCUUUGGAGUAAAAGGUCACUCAACAAGCAGAACUCUUGGGGUCCAGGCAGCAGAUCUCCUCCUUUCUAAUCGACACCUCCUUACCAUGUCCUCCCUCCCUGCCCUCUGCAACAUCUGCUGCAUCUGUCUGGAGCAUUUACUGCUGGAAUGUAAAGAGGAAGGGACAAGAGCUAGAUCCAGAGACGGGAGAGAAGAGAAAGGAAGCAAGGAAAGAAAAGAAGUGAUGGAGAAGGAGGUAAAACGAGUGCAGAUCCAAGGAGGAACAAGAGGAGGGCGUGAAGAUGUAGUGAUGGAUGGGACAAAUGGCACAGCCCAGCUACCUCCCACGCCACCUCAGAUACCCAGCACACUUACCCAGGUCUACUUCACUGUCCUUGGUGCAUUUCUGAGCCAUGACCCUGAUAAAGGAGGAAGAAAUGUCAAGCUAAAGCCCGCAAGUUUUCCACAGAGCGCUGUGUUUACGCUGACCACCUUGAGUCAAUAUGGGUCUGAGUUGUGUGAGCUGAGUCGACUGGCAUGGAAAGGGUUAGAGGAAAGCAGCAUCAUCUUCCUGGAAGAAGAAAUUCCUCUGGAUGUUUUGAAAUUUUCCGUCAGGAUAGGGCUCUUGUCAAAGGUGGAGCUCAGACGGGAGGAUGGGAUGCAUCUCAACGCCUACUGCUUUGUCCAUCUGACUCUACAGGAGUUUUUGGCUGCACUCAGAAUCAUGACCAGUAAUGAUGUUAGUGACACAGAGCUCAAGAAGCGAUUCAGUCUGAAAAAACGCUGGAUGACCAGGUCAGACCAGAGGACAGUCUUCACUGACUCUCUGUACCUGUAUGUAUGUGGUCUGGCGUCCCCACGCUGCACCCAGGCCCUUGUUCAAUUAGCCAGGACUUCUGGUGGAACUGGAGGUCAAAGUUGGGUCCAAGAACGACAAACCCUUAUUGUGCAACUGCUAAAAAAACUGUGUCACAGCAACACACUGACUGGACCAAAGAUAUUGGAGCUUUGCCACUGUGUCCAGGAAAGCCAGGACCACCAACUGGCCAAGCUGGUUGUGGGUACAAGAACUAACCUGGAGCUGCGCAACAUCCGGCUGUUACCCAAUGAUAUUGAUGCUCUGGCUUUUAUAGCUAACUCAGUGGGUGAUAAUGGCAUCGGUUUGGACUUUGGGUCAUGCUCAAUGGAGUUGGAGUGUUUAGAUGUCCUGCCCAGGUGUCAGUACAUUCGACACCUCAGUUUUCGUAGCCGCAGAUAUGGUGACAAGUUUGCUGAGAAGUUGUCUUCCAUUUUGCCUGAAUUCCCAACCUUGAGAAAACUAGAGUUUUGUGGUGCCAGCCUGACUGCUGUAGGAGCAGCUAGUUUGGCUUCUGCUCUCCAGAGCUGUCCAGAUAUCACUGAAAUCAAUCUGGUUGACAACAACUUGAAAGAUGAAGGGAUUAAUCACAUAGCUGAUAUCUUUACCAAACUACCAAGACUGCUCUCUGUAAUGCUCGGUCGAAACAACACCUCUCUGGAAGCAGUGGACAUCCUCAUAGGGAAAAUGUCUUCAUGUUUGAACAUCCAACAUAUUUAUGCAGAUGGUAUGAAAGACAUGAGAGUAACUUUCUCCCAAAGCUCUGAUAUGAACAGUCAUGAAAGCAAGUCUGAACGAACAAUCAGCUUGUUGAACCAGAAAUGGAGCAAGGCUGAGAUGAAAAGAUUUGCAAAAUCGUUGGCAUGUUGCCCCACCCUGUCUGUCCUGGAUCUGUCUGGAGGCCAGUGGGAUGUGGAAACUGUGAAGACAUUGACUCAGUUUUUGCCCAAGUUCAGUGUCACCAAAAAGAUCAUUGCGAAUAACAGCUGCUCUUCAGUGGAGGGUUUAGUGGUUCUGACUGCUCUGCUGUCUGGUUGUCCUGCUGUGAUGGAGCUUCAUAUCAGACUACAGAGCCCUGUCCAGGUGUCUGUGUUAUUCUCUGAAGGGAGACAACAACCUGCAAAUGAAAUAUCUAAAACACUUUGUCUCAGCUGCUGUGGUCUGCUGCCUGCUAGUCUGCAGAAAGUGUGCAAGAGUUUGGGAACCUCUUCUGAUCUCACACUGCUGGAUCUGUCCAGUAACUGUUUAGGCGACAAAGGUCUAAGGAAACUGUUGGAUGUCCUGCCUUGUCUCAGCAACAUCCAAGAAAUCAAUGCCAGUAACAAUGGCAUCAGCAUGGAGGGAGUGGUGAUGCUGGCUGGUGCUUUGUGCUCCUAUAACAACUUAACACAAAUUCACAUCAGUGAUGGAGGCAGAGAGAAGGUGAUCCUGAAGUUCUGCCCUGACAAAAGCGAUGACAAACAGCAGCUGAAGAUGUUCAGGAUAAACAACAGCAACCUGCUGCCAACUGAUGUAACCAUGCUGUGCAGGAGAUUGGUCCACUGUCACUCCCAUUUGGAGUUAGAUUUGUCUAACAGCUCAUUGAGAGACGAAGCUAUUGAGAAUCUGCUUAAAGUCCUGCCCAAGAUGGCGUCACUGCAGAGACUCAAUGUCACCCACAGUAUCAUAUCCACAACUGGAGCAUUGACGUUGGUCAGUUGUUUGACUGACAGUCAGCAAGUCACAGCAGUGGAGCUCAGGCCUCAGAGUGAAUCCUUCAUUCAUUUUGGCGGAGUGAAAACAGAACAAGCCAGCUGCAGGUUAACUCGUUUCAGCCUGAACAGUGACAACGUGCAGAGACUGUUUGAGAUCCUACAGCAGGGUCCCCAACUGUCUGACUUGGAUUUAUCAAGUAACCAGCUGGAUGAUGAAGGAGUGAAACGUUUGGUGGAUUCUCUACCUAAUCUUAAAAUCACCAGAUAUGUCAAUCUGAACAACAACAGCCUGACCCAGCAGGGGUUGUUGGAUGUGGCCAGCGCACUGUGUACCUGUGACAACGUCUCUCGUGUAGAAGUCAGUUUGGGGGCUGAGAAGAGGUGUCUCAUCUGGUUCGGACAAUAUGGAGGUUGUGAAAAAACUCUGAGCGUCAGAGAGAGUAGUUUGGAACGUGACCAUCUGGUCAGAUUAGCAGAGAUCGUAUCUAAGUGUCCCGGUCUCACCAAACUGGAGUUCAAGAACAAUUUUCUGCAGUCAGAGUGGAUCGAACAUUUUGUCAAACUGUUGAACAGCAGUCUGAGAGGAUGCAUUGUGAGUUUUGAGGAGUAUUGGAUCAGAUCUGUGAAAGCUGUUAGUUUGGUGUGUCGCUGUCUGGACCUUAACAGCAACAUACAUGCUAUCAGGGUGCACCACACCACGCUACACCUGUCUUUGAUAAAGUCCACUCAACUGACUUUAAUCAGCAGUGACUCUGCAGAUCCAGCUCCAUUAAUGGCCACAGAGAAAAUAGGUCUUGUGGACUGUGUAGAGGGGUCCCAGAUUGCGGCUAUGAGCAGCAUCAUCCAGAGGUGUCCUUUACUGACAGAGCUGGAUUUUUCCCAAAACAGCCUGGGUAUAGAGGGAGCUGAGUUCCUCUGUUCUCUUCUUCCCUCACUACCAUAUCUCACUUCUCUCAGCAUUGGCUCCAAAGAAACUUGUGGGACUGUGGUUGAGAAGCUCUCAGAGGCCUUACUGCAGUCUACAGCCAUUCAGAGCUUAAAUCUAUCAGGUCAUGUGAUUAAUGACCCAGCAGCUCAGAUUAUAACCAGAAUGUUGCCCCGUCUACGAUCAGUCAAUCUGUCCCAUUGUACAUGGUCAGCAUCUGGAGGGCUGCAGCUCGUCAAAGCGCUAGGACAGUGUGUCAGUCUGGAAGAGCUUUGUCUGGACUCUGUGUGCCUGGAUGAAGACAGCAGGAUGUGUCUGGCCCAAACACUGAGGAAAACACACUCGAUGCGUAGUCUCAAGCUAAAUAAGAUUGCCACAGCGACAGAACCACCAGAAACCAACAGUGUGCUGAAUCUCCUAGCCGCUAUGGAGGGACUCACACGAAUGGAGGAGAUAGAGUUGGAGGGAUGGAGGAUGGCUGAUAGAGGAGCAGAGUGGUUGACCAGACUCCUUCCUGUCUGGACAGAGCUCAGAAAGAUCAGUCUAUCGAAGAACCACAUCAGUGAUCAAUCAGGAGACAAGCUGCUGGAGGCUUUGAAGAGCUGUAGUCACCUAGAGGAGCUCCAUCUGUCUAGUAACAGUCUGGGUGAUCUCACCGCUGCCAGGAUGGCCCUUGUUCUGCCAUCACUGACACACCUCACUGUGUUAGAUAUUUCAGAAAACAGUAUUACACGUGAAGGGUCAGUGAGUCUAUCCAAAGCAAUAAUGUGCACAAAGAACCUCACCAAGAUUUAUCUGACCUCUGUUAGCACACCGGAGCUAUGUGCUGUAGUUGCCAAUCUGGCCCACUGUCCCCUCAUACAGGAUGUGAGUCUGGGAUGGAAUCAUUGUAGUGAUGAAGUGGCGCUGGAGUUGGCCAGAGUUCUGCCUCUUUGUCAGAAGAUGACCAGAAUAGAUCUGGAGUCCAACAGUUUGAGUGUUGUUGGAGUGGAGGCCCUGGUUCGAGCCUUGCAGUAUUGUCCUGCUCUGCAGCUCAUCAGGCUGUGGAGGAACAAAGUCUCUUCCAUUGACGCCCAGAAGUUCAGUCUGAGGGACAGCAGGCUGAAUUUCUCAUCCACCUAAUGUGAUUUGUAUUGUUGGACCACUGAUGGCUCUCUGUUCAUCAGUGACAGCAGAGGUGAAUUACUGCUUAAGUACAGCGUUGCCUCUGCCACACAUGAGGUUAAACUUUUUUCUUUGCAGAAUGAAAGUAUGAACAAUGAUCAUUCAGCAAAUAAUUAAGAUUUUUGUGGAAAAUUUAACAUCAAUUAUGUAUCGGAUGACUGAAGCAGCUGGUGUCUCUAAUUGCAUGAAUGGUGAAAAGACCACUAUGAAUGUCAAGAGCUGCUCUCGGAAACAAUGAAGGUACAGAUGUGGGAAAUGUGUAGAAAGAUGUAGAAAGAAAACAUCUUAUUCUGACAAUAUUUAAAUGUAUGACUAUGCACUUAAAGGCCUCCAGUUUCACCAUGGCCUGUGAAAAAAGAACUACUACAGACUCUGAUAUAGAGUUACUUUGCACUGUGAUGUGUUUACAAUUAUUAGAGGCCACAUUGGUGAAAACACAAUAAAUCAUAAGUUCACAGUGAAGGAAGAGUUCAGAGGGAGGAUACCUCUCUCUAUUAUCUGCUCUUAUGGUCAUUUUAGGUUGUGGUCUCUAUCCAAUUUGCGUAUUUAUUUCUGCUGUUAUUGUAAAACGGAAUUAUAAGUUUUGUUUUUAAGUUAUUUAUUUUUUAAUUCAAACUGAGUCUCAUUUAUACAUGAGUAACUAGAGAUAAUAUUUGACAUUGAAUGAAAGUGUCUCAUCACUGGUAUUUCUUUAGUUUCUAACUGUGCUGAUAAUGCACCUUAUUUCCUUUUCUGUUCUUUUGUGUUUAGUUGUCCAGUUUUUCUGAUUCAUUCAGUUUCAUUACAAUCUCUACAGGACUUGGAAUAUUAACCAGCCUAGACUGAGAUGUCCUCAGCUUUGGUCUGUUUGUUUUUUUUUUUUCUUUUUUAAGAUUUAUACUCAGGUUGAUGUUUGAGUUCUCACAUGACAACUUACCUGUGUCAUUUACAUUCAUUCUUUCUGACUUGCACUGAAAUGUCAAUGAAGUAUUAAAGAAGGCUUCCUUGACUACCU